UGCGUUUGUCUAGGGAACAGACUAUUUCCGUAAACAAACAAAAUGGACCUGAUUAAAGGAAUGAUCAAUCCUGACGAGUCUUGGAGACUUGGAAAUGCUGAUCUCAUUCAAGAAUUCGCCACUUUAUUGUGGGUCGAGAAAGGCGAAGAUGAUCUAAUGAAAAAAGUUACAAGUGCAAGAAUCGUGUACGAACUUUAUCAACGUCUAACAGGAGAAAAUGAGAUGGAUGCAAUGAGAAAUGAAACCAUAGCUAAGAUUGCGAAAUGGGUUAAGGAUCAUCCAAAGGCCACAAAGGAAGAAGUGUCAAAGGAACUUACAAAACAAAUUACAUUGUUUGCGACAAUAGUAGAUCAGAUGUGAAAAAAAGACAUACGGAACACUUGGACUGUCCCAAAAAAAUAUAUGUUGUACCUCAGUGAAUUUUUUAUUUAUGUUAACAUUUUCUUCAUACAGACCAAGGACUCUAUAUACGUCCCUGUACAGACCUAGCUACAAACCAU